AUGUCCUUGCCCCCCGAACAAAUAAAUAUCAAACGGCGCCGAGAGGAAGAGCCUGUCGAUACAUUGUAUAUACAAUCUGAGUUACAUCAGACAAAGCGUCGAUUUACCGACUUUGUCUUCCAACGUGUUACCGUCAAUGCCAGGGAAGGCCAGGGAAGUGACCCUCCUAGCCCCUCGCAUCUCAGAGCUGCGCAGAGAGCUAUUAAGAGUCCUCGCUCCGUGAGCAGUAUCCAUCUGCCGAAGACCACUAAUAACGCUGGGGGUGGCACCAUUCCUUUGGUGAGAGCAACAUCGCCUGGAGCAGAGCUUCGUGAAGAGAAAAGAAUUGCGGCCGCGCGAAAACAGGCAGAGGAAAAGCUGAAAAAUGCUCUGCAUUCAUCACCUUCUCCGCUAAAGAAAGCCUCCGAGAAACAGGCCACCGUGCCUCAGAAAAGCGAUGCAGCACCAAGCAGUGAGGGUAUUGUAUCUUCUACUUCAAGUGGACGAGGCAGUCCAGCCUCGUCAGCUGGCGUAGCGUCUUCAAUACGUCGUUUUCAGAUUUCACGAAAUGGCACGCCUACGGGACCACUACGCAGUACUGGCGGGGGCGUCCAGAAAAGAAGAGCGGACGGUGCCGUCGCAGUGUUGGUGGAAAAGCUACGCCGUGAGCCGCAUUCAAGGCGGGCGUCAAUGGUUGCGGAUGCGGCAGCCCAAGUUGAAGCCGCCGACUCUCUGGCCCAGGGCGCAACGCCUGCUCGUCCCCGGAAGCGACCGGUGGUAAACCAAGCUGAGAAAAAAUGGCGAGCAGAGCGCCAAGAUGCAGCAUCCGCUGCCAACGAAAAGAUUUUCCAGGUGCUGGAGAAGGGAGCACAGUCCCGUCAAAGUAAUUGGGAGGAAGAGUCGGAUCGAUUGGCGCGCCAAUUUGAGCAGAUCGCACUGGAGCUUGAUGGGAAAAUGGAGACAAAGCCAACAGAUGCAACUCAAUAUACGAGUUCCUCUACAACAAGUCGCCCGGCGAUGCCCAAACCUCCGCUGAAAUAUCAGCCACGGACUCCCAAUAAGCCACGAGCAGCAGCGGAGAGACAAGACAAAGCUAUUAUGCCACCCGCAAAGCGCGAGGAAGGGGGUGACAGCGACGAGGACUAUGUUUACGAUACGUACAUCCGGCAUCGUCUCCCCGAUAAAGGUCUUUUGACGGACCCCCUCGUCGAUCUUGAACUAGACCAAGAAGCGUGGCUGCGGCACCACGGAAUCGAUAACGCUCGCCAAGAUAUUGGCGUUAUCGUCAUCACGCCAGAGGAUGAAAUAUAUUGGGAGGGCUUUGCGGAGGAUGAAGAUGAUGAGGAUAGGUGGGAUAGCGAAGAUGGGGACUCCAACGCGGAGAAUAAUCCCGCAAAUGACUAUCCAGACGAGGAGCUAUCCUGGGACGACGAGGAGGACGACGCAGCAGCCAUCUACAGGAAGUACCGACACGACCGCUCCGAUGACGAGUUCGACUGGGAUGACUCCGGUAGCGAGGGCCCUGGAGGGGACAGAUAUGGACGGUCGCACGUGGAGCCUGACGAUGACAGCUGGUAG